AUGUUAUCUUCGCCACAAUUCAGUGUUCAUUUAAUGUGUGAAGAAGAUCGUAUUCACGUGUUAAAUCUAUUGGUAAGCUCAUUUUUUUGCGACGAACCUUUGGCUAAAUGCCUUCAAGUGAAAGAACCAAUUGAUUUUGCCAACAAUGUUAUUAGCGAUGCAUUAAAUGAUCAAUGUUCAUUUGUUGCUUAUGAUCUUCAAACAAAUCGAUUGGCAGGUGUCUGUUUGAACGAAGUGAAAUAUAAAACUCAUACAAAUAUAAUUCAUGAAUCCAAUGAAAAAAUUUACUUUAUUCUUCAUCUUCUUGAUCAUAUGCAUAAAGAUAUUAAUUUGUUUGAUCAUUUAUUGACAAAUUCUCUUCUUCAUAUAUUUAUUAUAAAUGUUGACAACACUUAUCGUGGUAAUGGUCUUGCUUCAAGUCUUAUUGCAGCUAGUAUUCAACAAGCUAAAACGUUUAACAUUGGUGGAGCUUAUGCCGAAGCAACGAAUACUUAUUCAUUAAAUUCUUUUACAAGACAAGGUUUUCAAACUUAUCGCCAACUUAAUUAUGUUGAAUAUGAUCAAGUUCGUCUAGCUGAUCUGACGGAUAAAAAUAAUGACGAAUGUCAACUUGUUGCCAGAACACUUUGA